CCUGACUAACCCCUGUCAACCCCCUUCCAUAGCGCCAACUCUCCCAUUGGUAUUUUCCCUAUCGACCAGGUCUCCUACCGUUCUGGUUUGAAGGUGCCGUGUCCGAUGACACUGAUCUAAUAUAUGCAGUAUCAGCACCUUCGGUUGUCAUAUAUAUCACCUCCCAGUGACCUUUGGCAUCCAGGGAAUUUUAGUACAAAAGCCUCAAAGCCAACACUAAUGUUGACAAUGGGCUCAAAGAGAAGCGGACCAGUGAGUUGAUAUUGUGUGACGUGCUCAGAUACAGGAUCAGUCUAAUGCCUGUCAGUUCCCAAACAUGACCAGCCCCAUACCGUCUCGAGACCAAGACCCUUGGCUCGUCCAACUGACCGAACAAAUGUAUUCCUACUGGGCCGACUGCCAGAAUCUCCGCAAUUAUACCCAUCUACUGCAAGCGCAGCUUGAUUGCAGCCACAGGGAAAUGGCGAGAUGCCAUCAAAACUAUAUUUUGGAAUGCAACAAGCGUGCUCAGGCUGUGUCUGACCUGAUGCAGUUACAGGAUCAAUUUCGACGUCUUAGUGAAAUGCUGUCUAAAGGAGCGGAAAACUUAGCAGGCCCCGUUGAUCUUUUUUUGGAAUUGGAGAGCAGGAGUCGGUCGCUCAAGCAGGCGGAGAUUAGGAUCAGCCAGCGGGCCUAUCGAUUCUUCCUGAACUCCAUCGGGGACCCAUAA